AUGGCUUUCACCAACUCCCCUUCUUCUCUUCAACUCUUCUUCGAUCUCCACUCGCAAUUCCGAUUUGUCCCCUCUAAUUUCUCACACUGGAACAUUCUGUAUGCUACCAGUGAUCGUACAAAUGCAGUCAGUUCAACUCCACUGAAGUCAGAGCUAGAUGCUGAUGAUGUACCGAUGCCAAUAGUUCUGAUUGACCAGGAUUCAGAUUCGGAUGCUACAAUUGUACAACUCAGUUUUGGAGACCGUCUUGGAGCUCUUAUUGACACGAUUAAUGCACUGAAACAAUUGGGAUUGGAUGUGGCUAAGGGAACUGUUCUUACAGAAGGAUCAGUCAAACAAACAAGACUUUUCAUUACACGAUUAGACACGGGGCGCAAAGUUGAAAACCCUGAUAUGUUGGAGAGAAUUCGGCUUACUGUCAUUAACAAUCUCUUGAAGUAUCAUCCUGAAUCUAGUGUACAACUUGCCAUGGGUGAGGCUUUUGGAAUAAAAGCUCCAGAGAAAAAGCUUGAUGUUGAUAUUGCUACUCAUGUACAUGUCAAGGAGGAUGGACCUAAGAGGAGCUUGCUCUAUAUAGAAACAGCAGAUCGACCCGGAUUGCUGGUAGAAAUCAUUAAAAUUAUUGCCGAUGUCAAUAUUGAUGUGGAAUCAGCAGUGAUUGACACUGAAGGUUUGGUAGCCAAAGACAAGUUCCAUGUCAGCUACGGAGGGCAGGCAUUAAACAGUUCCUUGUCUCAGGUGCUGCUAAACUGUAUUCGUUACUACCUUAGAAGGCCGGAAACUGAUAUUGACAGUUACUAAUAAUCAAAAGAAAUUCACCAGUUUUUACGCUGUAACGGUGCCUGUACCAAAACCAUGCCUGGCGGAAGUCAAGUAUUGAAGUUGUAUGUUGCAUAUUCUGAUUUCAUCUUACAGAAUUGCAUUCUGGGAUGUUCCUUAAACAAGUACUAAUGACUUGUUAUGUAUUCUGAGAACAUAUUAACUUAAAAUUAUGAAAACUUCCUUUGCGUCACAGUUUGCGCUGGCUUUUAUAGUGUGUGUUGGAAGAGUUUAUUGCAUAUAUCUAAUGGUAGUCGAUAGUAGCAUCUAGCAUGCUUGACGAUUGUAUUAUCCACGGCUUAAUCAUUUGGGUAAUUUUAAAAAUAUUAUUGAAA